AUGGAUCAGAGAAGCGUACCCAACAGUGUAGGAACAAUGCCGAGGCAGACUAGGACUACUAGAAGACUGGACAGCUUUGAAGGAUCAUCGUCUCCUGCGAGCUUGGUUGAUCAGAAACCAAUACUACGAUUGGAUCAAACACCAGCGGAUCAAACACACAGUUCAAAUGACAACAAGCCUAUGCCCAGUGAGAAUAUUGAUUUGGAUGACAUGAUCACAAGAGGCACCGAAGGAACCUCUUUCUCUACGCUAGAGUCUUCUACAUCUGGUGAAGAUCCCUCGUCCUUCAAACUUCAAAGUCCUCAACAUGCAAACAAUACUACCACUGUGGGUUCUACCGACAACAACAACUCUCAAAAACAACAAGAAGCACAGCAAAAACAUUUCUCUUCUCGAUCUGUCGAUUUGCGAGUCUCCCGGGCGCUAGCACGAAGGGCUCGACGCAAUCGUGGUGGUGGUUCUUGUUCCACUGGUGGAAACAGCACUGGUUCGGCCAGCAUUUCCCCCAUACCAUCACGACCACAAUCCGAAUUAUUAUCAUCAUUGCCAACUACGUCAGUACGAACUGAAGGUGGUGGCACUGUCAUGCUGGCACCAGAUCUGGAUCAUGAUCACGAUAGUGUCGGGAACCACCAGCGAAUAGGAGAUGAUUUAGUGGGAGCUAGCAUCGUUUCUCGAGCCCGAGACUCAUCUUCGACUCGAUCCAAUAGGAGUGUGAGUAGUGCUAUUAUUGAACAACCUCCACCCGAAUAUCGUAGAAUGGACGAUCCCGAAAAAGAAGAAGAACGAGCCAAUUUACCACCAGGGGAGGAAGGCCGACCGGGAGCCUUUGCCAUUCCCCAACGAGCCUUUGGAGGUGUCCCCGCUUGGUUUGAUGAAGCACUCCAACGGAGGCAACAGACUGUCCAAAGAGGCCUGACUCGGAUGGGGAGCAGCGCUCGAUCCCUCAACAGCAGUGCUCGACAACUUCGAGAGAGCACUCUACAAGUCUUUGCUCGGCUGCACAAUGAUAGUAACCGUACCAAUAGUACUGGCAGUGCGGUGAACGAAGAGCAAAACGAGGAAGCGACCCUUCAGACACGAAAGGCUCCGGAAGCUGAGCUUGAUGUGGGGCGAGAAUCGUCCGUCUUGGACGCGAGUUGUAUGAACCUUGUGGCGCAGCAGCAACAACAGGAGUAUAGUCUGGACAAGGACGAUAGCAGCAGCGAGAAAGAUAUCAAAGUAUCACGAGACUCCAGUCGCCGAGGAAGCAUGCCGGAGGUACUCUCCAAGGUCACAAAGCCGUUGGUCAAGAUGGCCAAAUCACCCGCAAAGCUGUUCCGGAAAAAGCCCAAGCCAGUCACUCAUCGUAGCAAUAGCGCUGAGAUGUAG